UAGAGAGAGGGGUGGAGUAUUUUGCUCUUGAGGGAGUGUUUUCGUCACUGUAGUCGCGCUACAACACAAGACAAACUCAAUCCAUUAAUACACGAUUAACUGCCGAGUGUAAGACAUUGUACUGGUAGAUGAUAUGUCAUUUGAAGUCGAUUAUUAACUUGUUACAUUUUUUCACUGUAAUGAGACAAAUUAUCAAACUAACGUGUCGUUGAUAAAAUACUGAUAAAAUAUACCGAACAUUUUCUUCUGAGGAGUUUGACCAACACAACGACCCUACACGUGAUUAUCGGAGAGUAGUGUUGGUGCACGUGUGACUGGACGGUGUAGUGGUGACUGUUGACGACUUCUCACCUCUUCAUCACUGCCACAAUCAGCUGGUGCCACGUCCUGACCAGCUGUCAAGCGGCGGACCCGUGGAGCUAAACCCAAGCUGGCAGCCAGGGUGCGUCUAGUACCGGGGAUGGCUGCCAUAGCAGACUUUAUGCACCUGUGGGUUGCCUUCACUGCUGCCACCUGGAGUUUAGGUGCUGCAGCUAUGCUUCCCACACCCUUCCCCAACUCCACAACACCAACGCCGUUCAGUGGUGCUACUGCUGCCCGCACCUCUAUCACCCUUCCACCAGUCCUUCUAGCUAACAUAACUGGGGAGGGACAUAAUGACACUGCAGGGUGGACUUGUCCUUAUGUAGGGAGCUUCUCAGAAAUAUCAUGCACUUGUGACGUGCCUCACACCGUCAGGUGCCGGGGUCAAUCUAGUCAACCACAGGACCUCGCAUUGCUCAUACAAACUCUCACUGCCAAGGGAAGUGUGUCCUUGCUUGACUUGGCCAUACAUGGGAUGGAAGAGCUACCGGGAAGUAGUUUUACCAAUAUGGAGCUUUUGGGUCUUGUGAUAACAACAGCGGGCCUAAAAACAUUACCAUCUGAUGCAUUUUCGGGCUUAGAGACGACCUUGGCAGCCCUUGGCCUCCCCAACAAUAAACUCACUUCAGUUCCUUUUGAUGCACUCAAGCCAUUAAGGGAUUUGCAGCGCCUUGACCUAAGUGAUAAUCAGAUACAUGAACUGCCACCACGUGCAUUCCCAACUCUUCUGCAACUCCAAAACUUAGAUUUGGCUGGUAACAACCUUCAUCUUCUUCACCCAGAAGUAUUUGUUUAUCUACCUCAUCUAUUGUCCCUCAACCUGGCUCGUAAUCAACUGGAUGCAGCUCAGAUGAAUGAUAAGACACUGCGUGGUUUGCACACCCUUCAGCGCCUCUCAUUGAAGUCCAACCUGUUAAAGGGUGCUGUGACGUCCACACUCAUCACUGGAGCAAAAGGCCUUACCUCACUAGAUUUAUCAGAAAAUUCAUUAACAAUGUUAUCCAGAGGGUCGCUAGCUGCGUGCCCCAACAUAAGGGAACUGGAUCUGUCGCACAAUAAUAUUGAUGUUAUUGAAGACCAUGCCUUUGCAAACCUCACUCGACUACAACACCUCAAACUGUCCCACAAUCGAGUUGUAGCUGUGUCAGGAUGGUCACUAGCCCACUUACCACAGCUGACACAUUUAGUUAUGGCUGACAAUGCUCUACGGGCUGUGACCGCAGACCUUCUCCACCAGUUACCAGCACUCAAGUCACUGGAUCUGGCAGCCAAUGAUAUUUCCCUCAUACAACCACAUGUAUUCAACUCAACUCCAGCACUGCAACAUCUUAUCCUCACAGAUAAUCCUCUUCACUGUGACUGUUCGUUGGAGUGGCUGGUACAGUGGCUGAUUCAACACCCGUCCUUGACUCCUGAGGAGAAAGUCAGCUCUGUCUGUGCCACACCACCUGUGCUUGAAAAUGCACCUCUGGUUGAGCUGAAGAAGUCCCAGCUGGUUUGCUCCGAGGAGACUUCAUAUCAUGAUUACCAUGACUACUAUCAUGAUUACUACCAUGAUGAAGCCACAUCUGAAGAUGUUUCAGAAAUGAUACUAUCUGAUGCAAAGAUUAGCUUAAAGAUUGCUCACUGGGUACAUAAAGUGGACUUGGCAAGGAAUAACGGUGACUCGUUAGAUACGGAAUCAUAUUUAGGAGUGGAGCUCAUAUGGCGGGUAGAGGACAGAGCAAUACCCUAUUCAUGUGAAGCAGUGUUUGUAUAUGAAGUAGUACAAGGAACAAGCAGUCAGCAUGAGGUACUUGCAGAGAAAGUGGCAGCCGACUGCACUUCAGACGGAGUGCAUGAUCCACAUCAAGUGAUUGUGACAGUUCCUGGGGAAGCUCUAAUCCCAGGAGCUACUUAUCGAUACUGUCUCAUGUUGUUAGAACGUGGUACAGGUGACCAAGAAGCUUUCUUGCCCGGUUGCUCUGAACCUCUCUUAUUAACUGCUGCUCCUUAUGGUAUACCCAAACAUAAAGAAGGUACACAGUUACCACAUGUGACUAGCCUAACUGCUGGUGGAGUUGGUGGAGCACUCGUAGUACACACACGUGUAGAUGGAGGAGAUGGACCAUGUACUUACACACUUGCCAUUGUUGCAGGGCAUAGAAUUGCAGCAACAAGACAACUCAACUGUUCAGAAGCAAGGCAUGAGUUCCCAUCUUUAACUGCAGGACAGUAUAUAGCCUGUGCUGAUCCUGGCACUACUCAUGACUUCAGCCACUUGGAGCAUCACCUGAAGACUGAAGAAAAUGCAUCUAUUGCACUCCAUCAUGACUUCUCCAUCUGCACGCCUAUCAUUACCUUUACACCUUAUGAAGAUCAAGGUAUAGGAAUGGGACCUUUACUAACCCUCUUGUUCACAUUGCCAGGGCUUGCCUUAGUGGUUACUCUUUAUGUAAUUGCAGGGAGAGUGUGGCGAGGUGGUGGUGUUCCCUGGCGUUGGGACCCAAGAACACAAAAGUCUGGAAAGUAUUUCCUCUACACUGGAGAAGUGCCCACACCAUCACUCAGUAUGGAUUCCUUACCCGCUGAUAAUAUGGAAACAACAACCCCUGUGUAGUGUUCACUGUCGCUCCUAUAUUCCUCAAACAUUUUAAGAUAGGCAUGCCCCAACUACACAAUUAAUUUCUAGUCCACUAAUAGUCAAGCAAGUACUGCUGAGUACCAGGUUGCAUGCAACUGACCGAGGAACAAAUUAUCCUGGUCUUUGUGGGGCAGCAGCCAAAGUGCCAUACACCAAUCAAGAGGGGAUGUGGUGUUCAAAGAGGAGCUGUACAUUAAUAAUAAAAGCAUAUAUGUAAUUAAGGACUCCAUGACUGCAUUUUGUGUGAAAGAAUUUAUAGAAAAAUGUAUAAGAGAGGCAUGCUUAUAAGACUACAGUAGUGAUGAAAUUAGUGCCAUAUAAAAUAGUCAGCCGAGUUUGUAAAAAAAAAAAAAAAAAAGUAACUAAAAGCACAAUACUAGCAUGAGCUACCCAGGAAAGUGUAAACACAAUGUAUUCCAAACAAAUAUCAAAUAUCCUUUCAAGGAAAAGGCUGUUCCUGUUUAUAAGAUUUACAUGUUUUACACAGGUCACAUGAUAUAUAUGACUUGCAUUUAAAAUGUUGUCAUCAGUUUAUUUACAACUAUACACAUCCAUCAGUAGGUAAGUGAAUGUUAACCAGUUCAAUCACCAAUUGUUUGCAAUAAUAACUACCAUACUGACAAUUUUCAAAAGGAUAUGAUCAUAUUAAUGAUUAUUAUAAAUAUUGAAAGAUCAAAAGGUAAUUUAGCACUAAAUAAGAUUUUUGGUGAAAUAAAUGUUUUAUACAUUUGAUUCAAAACUUAAAGUAGAACAUUAAAUUGCAAGCAACCUAACUUAUACAUAUGCCUAAUUAAAAUGGGUUACAUAAUAAUUGCAAUACAGUACUCUUUGUUAGACUAUGGUCUAACAAUCAGCAGUUAUUUUUUAUCUAUAAAUACUGUUUUCAAACAAGGACACCCAUCUUCCUCAGAUAUGAUCUCAUGUUCUGCACUGUGUAGAUAAAUUGGAGUUUCACUGCAAAAAUAACUGUUCAUCUAGUGUUAAAAGUGAAAUCCAUUAUUUCUGAUUUAGGAAAAUUUAAAUACCUGUACUACUAAAUACUGUACUGUACAGUACAGUAUAGUCAAACUAAAUAAUUAACGAGAUGAAUAUAACCUAUGAUGUUCAUGUAUCAGUUAUCAACUGUUCCUGUUUUGAAACAAAAAUAUAAGAUAUCCAGAACUAAAUUAAUCACACUAAACUCCUUAGCUGUACAGUACGUUAAUACCUGUACUGCACUGUAUGUCCAAAGAGAUCUGAGCCAAACCAGUCUUCUUCUUCAAAGAAUUUUAUAAAUCUAUUUAAGCCUUCAGUCAGAUACCGAUAAUAGCUCAGCGUGGGGGAAAGUGGUUUGAGCUCCAUCCGUCUUUCCAUGCAUUCAUUUGUUGAAGAGCUUGAUCUCAGUUUUGUAUUUUUUUUAAUAGCAUAUACAGUGAGUGGUGCACAUUAACCUCAAUAUAUUUGUUCUUUUGUUUUGAAGCCGAUGCAAACUGGCAUACUGAUAUUGUACCCGUUUCUUCAGUAACGUCUGUUUUAUUGAGGGCUGUCAUCAAGUAUGAUUUCACUGUUCCCAUAUCUAUUGCCAAAAAAGUAUCUUGGGUUAAUUGAUUUUACAUUUCAUAACUAGAUUUGUUAUGAGUAAUUCCAGGAAUCAGACUUAUAAAGGUUGAUGCUUAAUUUGUUUUACUUUAAUAAAAUUCAAUGAAUUGCAAGUUUGUUGCAAUAAACCAUCUUCCUUACAGUAUUGGGAAGCUGAUAACUAAAAUUCUUUGCAUAUACAGUACAGAAUAAUCACAUGAUAAUGGGAGUACAGCCGAGAUGUUUUCGGUAACCAUAAUUGUUGUAUUUGAAUCCCAACCAAGUUUAUUAUAUUUUGUCAGAGUAACCUAGUGUUAGAUGAUUUUAAAAUUAUCUUAAUUUUAGAGUUUCUAAGUGUUACCGUAGUUGCUUAAAAAAUAAAACAAAAAUAAAUGCAUUAGUUGAAUUUGUAAAGUUGAAAUAGGGAUCUUUCUGUUGUUGACGAUAAAACUCACGGGUAUCUUUCUUGUAUGUGGAAAAAAAAAAUAGUAAUGCAGUGACAAGUGAAAUGUUAAGUUAGAUUUAAUAUAUACAUAUUGUAUAAAUAUUAAGAUUUCUUCAGGUCCUGCAUGAAUUAUGAAGAAAUUAAGUACAUUUUAUCAAAUUUAUAGGAGUGAUUACCACUUGCAUAUAACUUUGUUAGCCAUAUAAUUAUCUGGAGUGAGGUCACUGGAGGAGUUUGCUGUGCUUUAUUUUAAUGUGUUUUUUUAUGAAGCUUUAA